CAACAACAGAUUUCGAGAAACAUGGAUGGACGUAUUUUCUGACGGAGUACGGAGAUUACGAAGCGGCGCGCGCGUUUUUUCCUGCUUGGUUUCCAAAAUGGAGUAAAAAGUUUGGCAAGCUCGCGGUGAAGCACACCGGCGUGAUGAAGUGCGUCUUGAAAAAGAAGGAGUUCACAACACUCGCAGCCUCCUCAUCAGGCGGGAUCUCGUCGAGGUUGGGACGCUCCUCAGGUAGUAAUGCGAAAGUAGUCACGACCGAAAAAAUCUCUCCCACUACAAGAACUUCUCGUGCUCCGAGAACAGCUGGAGCCGGAGGGACGGGUAGUUCUUGUCGUGGCGCAAAGAAAGGGGCGCUUUCAACGUGCCGACGUCGCGCUGGCAAUGGUGCAAAAGAAGACCCAGGCUUAUUGCAGUCUCUGGUUGCUAAGUUUUCUAGUUUAUCACUGGCUGGAUUAGGUAGUAAGCCAUCCUCUACAGAUUCAUCAGCAUCUGCUUCUACCGGUCAAAUAGAGAACGGAGAUGCGCCCGCAGCGCUGCUCGUGAGUGGCACCAACAUGCUUGCAGGUGUGGAUGACCACUCAGGGGCCCAAACAAUUUCAACAAGCGGUUUUUUAGAUGGUCCUGGCGAAGCUGCGCACUCCUCUUCGGUUUUGUCUGGCGAU